AUGGACUCAAAGAAAAUGAUUUCACCAAGAAAAAGGAUUAGGAAAUAUCAUACAAGAAAAGCUCCAAUCAUUAACUCAUAUACAGAUAUGGCUGAAGCUAGAAGAGAAAUUGUCCAUGCUUUACACCUUCAUAGAUCUUCAUCAUUUAAUAACCCAAACAAUUAUGCCUUAUUGGGUCAAAGAGUAAAUUCCCAGCAAUAUUAUUACUCAAUAGUGGAAUCUAUGCCUAUCCCUAAACCAACAUGGUCUACAACGGCUCCGGCAAUACAUACAGCACCACCACCGCCUCCGCCUCCGCCUCCACCGCCAUCUUCUUCCGAGUUCGAUUGGUGGCUAGGGUUUCUUAAGUCGUUGGAUGUGAAGAAGAAUACAAGUAGAAAUGAUAGUCAUGAAGUAGACUUACAAAAAUACUUCCCAGAAAACAUUUUGAUGGAAAAUUCAAAGGUGAUUAGUCAAUUACAAGAUGGAUUAAAGAAGGAUUCAACUAAUAAUCUUAUAGAUGAGUGGUUAAUUAUCCCUACACCUGAUGAUGAUAAUGUAUUAAUUGAGUUUUAA